AUGGCCCUGCUCCGAGCAGGCUAUACGGUGAUCGAAAUGUGGGAGUGUGAGUGGGACAAACUGGUGGACACGGAUGAAGCCGUCCAACGUUUCCUGAAGUCAUUCGAUCUCCCCCCACCCCUGGAACCUCGCGAGGCCUUUUUUGGGGGUCGCACCGGCGCAGUGGCCCUGCAUGCUGUGGCUGGGGAGGGUGAGGAGAUACGCUAUGUGGAUGUGACCUCCCUGUACCCGUGGGUGAACAAGAACUGCUCUUACCCUAUUGGUCAUCCGACGAUCAUCACGCAACCUGCAGACCAGUCCCUGGAUUCGUAUUUUGGAUUGGCCACCGUGGACAUUCUUCCCCCGGCUGGCCUAUUCCACCCCGUCUUGCCUGUACGCUGUGGCCAAAAGCUCACCUUUCCUCUCUGCCGCGCCUGUGUCCAGACAGAGCAAGCCCAACCCAUGUUGACCAGAACCCACUAUUGCCCUCAUUCGGACGCUGAUCGUAUGCUACGUGGGACCUGGUGCACCCCUGAGUUGGUCAAGGCCGUCGAAAAGGGGUACACUCUCGUUAAGAUCCACGAAGUCUGGCAUUUUCCCCCCGAGCAACGCCACACAGGACUUUUCGCCAAUUACGUCAACACCUGGUUGAAGUUGAAACAAGAAUCCGCGGGGUGGCCCAGUUGGUGUCAGACCCUCGAGCAGAAACGAGAGUACAUUCUCCGCUACCAGGAACGAGAGGGCAUCCGACUGGACAUCGCCAGCAUUGCCAAAAAUCCUGGUCGCAAGGCCACUGCCAAACUGAUGUUGAACAGUUUCUGGGGCAAGUUUGGCGAGCAUAUCAACAAACCCACCACCGUCACUGUCCAAUCCCCUGCCCAUUUGUUCAGGCUCAUCUCCGAUGCUGCUCUCGAUAUCAGCACUCUCCGCCUCUGUACCGACGACAUCUUGGAGGCCGUUUACACCAGUGUCCAAGACAAUGCCGUCAAAGGCACCAAAACCAACAUCUUUGUGGCGGCUUUCACCACGUGCCAUGCUCGGCUCAAGCUCUACGAGUCCCUCGACACCCUUCAACAGCAAGUCCUUUACUAUGAUACCGAUAGUGUUGUGUACAAGUGGCGUCCCAAUCAACCCUCUAUUACCACGGGUGAUUUUCUGGGAGACAUGACCGACGAAUUGGAUGGGGACGUCAUUACUGAGUUCGUUUCUGGGGGCGCCAAGAAUUAUGGGUACCAGACCCGUGGAGGCAAAGUGGUGUGCAAGGUACGCGGUUUCACCUUGAAUGUUCGGGGGUCGGCCAUCCUCAAUUUCAACACCAUGAAAGACAAUAUUCUCUCGGAAUUAGACUCGCCUCAGGAUUCUCGCCGACAAUUGAACAUUGUCACCCCUUAUUAUUUCAAACGGGAUUUAGAGAAGAAACAAAUUCAAGUGGUUCCGCGCGUGAAGCAGUAUGGGUUGGUGUUUGACAAGCGCGUCAUCGAUGUGGCUACCCGAUCCAGUUUUCCCUAUGGCUAC